GCGACGCGGGCAGUGGCAGCGAGGGUACAGCUCCUGCCCCUUCAGUGACGGGCGGCCAAGCUGACAGGAGCCGGGGCGGGGCGGCGGCGGCCAGCGAAGGAGCGCGCGGCGGCCCGGCCCCGCCCCUGGUCCUCCCGCCAGCCCCAGUGACCUUCACGGGUUCGGGCGGCGGGUGCAGGCCCGGGCGGCGGCGCGAUGUUCGUGCAGGAGGAGAAGAUCUUUGCGGGCAAGGUGCUUCGGCUGCACAUCUGCGCAGCCGACGGCUCCGAGUGGCUGGAGGAGGCGACCGAGGACACAUCGGUGGAGAAGCUCAAGGAGAGUUGCCUCAAACAUGGUGCUCAUGGGAGCCUAGAAGACCCCAAGAAUGUGACUCACCAUAAGUUAAUACAUGCUGCUUCAGAGAGGGUGCUGAGUGACAGCAAAACGAUCUUGGAAGAAAACAUCCAGGACCAAGACGUCUUGUUAUUGAUAAAGAAGCGUGCUCCUUCCCCAAUCCCUAAGAUGGCUGAUGUCUCAGCAGAAGAAAAGAAGAAACAAGAGCAAAAGGCUCCAGACAAAGACGCUAUUCUUCGAGCAACGGCCAACCUGCCUGCCUGUAGCACGGACCGGACUGCUGUCCAGACCACCAUGAGAGAUUUCCAGACAGAACUCCGGAAGAUCCUUGUGUCUCUCAUUGAGGUGGCACAGAAGCUGUUAGCACUGAAUCCUGAUGCAGUUGAAUUGUUUAAGAAGGCAAAUGCUAUGUUGGAUGAAGACGAGGAUGAGCGAGUGGAUGAGACCGCCUUGCGGCAGCUCACAGAGAUGGGCUUUCCUGAGAGCAGAGCCUCAAAGGCCCUUCGGCUGAACCACAUGUCGGUGCCUCAGGCCAUGGAGUGGCUGAUUGAACAUUCGGAAGAUCCAGCUAUUGACACACCUCUCCCAGGCCAUGCCGCCCAAGCGGAGGCGAGUGCUGCAGCUGCCACCUCCUCCUCCUCCUCUGAAGCUGCCGUGGGAACUAGUGUUGAAGAUGAGGAGUCCCGGGAUGAGCUCACAGAAAUCUUCAAGAAGAUACGCAGGAAAAAGGAAUUCCGAGCCGAUGCUCGGGCUGUCAUUUCGCUGAUGGAGAUGGGCUUUGAUGAGAAGGAAGUGAUUGAUGCCCUCCGAGUGAACAACAACCAGCAGAACGCAGCUUGUGAAUGGCUGCUGGGGGACCGGAAGCCAUCCCCUGAGGAGUUGGACCAGGGCAUCGAUCCCAAUAGCCCUCUCUUUCAGGCCAUCCUGGACAACCCAGUGGUGCAGCUGGGUUUGACAAACCCUAAGACAUUGCUAGGUUUUUGUUUUUUGAACCAGCUACACAGCCUCCUGAUUCAAGCUGGGCUCACUUCAGUGUUUCAGUCCUCAUUUGAAGACAUGCUGGAGAACCCACUUAACAGCACCCAGUGGAUGAACGACCCAGAGACGGGCCCGGUCAUGCUGCAGAUCUCGAGAAUCUUCCAGACACUGAAUCGCACGUAGGUGGUGCCUACUGUGCUCCUUGGCUGUGCAGUCUCAGCAGUCUGUGAGGCGGUGGGCGCAGGGCCCAGCCAGGAUCUUGCCUGGAUCACAGCUUCAGUGACUCUCCUUUCCUGACCUAACGGCUUGUCAUCUUCUGCCACAUGGUUUGAAAGUUGCAGUCCCAGCUUCUGACAGGUGUUUACAGAGAGUGGCUAUUGCACUGGGAAGGUGGUGUUUGCUGCCCCGUCCCCUCCAGACACUCUGCUGGGCUCCUGAAGUGCUACUUGAAUUGACCCUUAGGUGUUUGCUUGUGUAGCCCAAUGUAUUUUAAAGAAGGCAUGUUCUGAUCCAAAGUGUUAUGUCAAGUGUGCUAAUUUAACUAGACUGACUCACAGAUGGCUUCUUUAAUAAAUAAACCCUUUUCCUAUU